AAUGGAAUUUUCGUAAUUUUUUGGGCGACGAAAAAACAUUUUCUUUGUAUUUGAAGGCUACAGAUCAUCGAUUUGGCCAGAGGCUAUUCUUCAACGAUGAUUAAGUCCAUUAAACACCGAUAUGGGCAGAUAUAUUCUGGGUCAAUUUUUGGCAGAUUCCAAAGGGGUACUAUCACAGAUUUGAGUCGAUUUUUCGGAAAUGGCAUUUUCUUUCGAUUCUGGAGGCUACAGAUCACGCGAUCAGGCCGAUGCUAUUAUCCACCAAUAAUAAAAUCUUUUGAUCCUAUUCUCCACGGAUGAUAAGUCCAUUAACCACCGAUUUGGGCCAAUUUAUUUUCGGAUGACAUUUUCGAAAUUUUGUGGGCGUUGAAAGGCCAUAUUCUUUGGAUGUUAAAGGCUACAGAUCACGGAUUCGGUCUGAGGCUAUUCUUCAAAGAUGAUUAAGUCCAUUCAUCACCGAUUUGAGCGGAUUUAUUCUGGGUCAAUUUUUGGCAGAUUCCAAAGGGGUGCCUUCACAGAUAUGGGGUGAUUUUUCAGAAAUGCCAUUUUAUUUUGAUUCUGAAGGCUACAAAUCACGAAAUCAGACCGAGGUUAUUCUCCUCCGAUAAUGAAUUCUAUUGAUCAUAUUCUCCACGGAUGAUAAGUGCAUUAAGCACCUAUUAGGGCCAAUUUAUUUUCGGAUGGCAUUUCGUAUUUUUUUGUGUGACCAAAGGCCAUUUUCUUUUGAUUUUGAAUGCUACAAAUCAUGUAUUCGGCCUGAGGCUAUUCUUCAACGAUGAUUAAGUCCAUUAAGCACUGAUUUGGGUUGAUUUAUUCCGGGUCAUUGGCAGAUUCCAAAGGGUAACCAUCACAAAUUUUGGUUGAUUUUUCAGUAAUGUCAUUUUCUUUCGAUUCUGGAGGCUGCAGAUCACGGAAACAGGUCGAGGCUAUUCUCCACUGAUAAUGAAGUCUAUUGAUCCUAUUCUCCACGGAUGAUAAGUCCAUUAAGCACCGAUUUGAGCCAAUUUAUUUCCGGAUGACAUUUUCGUAAUUUUAUGGGGGAUGAAAGGCCAAUUUCUUUGGAUUUUGAAGGCUACAAAUCACGGGUUCCGCCUAAUGCUAUUCUUCAACGAUGAUUAAGUCCAUUAAGCACCGAUUGGGGAGGAUCUAUUUCGAGUCAAUUUUUGACAGAUUGCAAAGGGGUACCAUCACAGAUUUUGGGCGAUUUUUCCGAAAUGCCAUUUUCUUUCGAUUCUGGAGGCUACAGAUCAUGGAAUCUGGCUGAGGCUAUUCUCCACCGAUAAUGAAGUCUACCGAUCCUAUUUUCCACGGAUGAUUAGUCCAUUAAGCACCGAUUUGGGCCAAUUUAUUUUCGGAUGACAUUUUCGUAAUUUUGUGUGCGUCGAAAGGCCAUAUUCUUUGGAUUUUGAAGGCAACAGAUCACAUAUUCGGUUUGAGGCUACUCUUCAAUGAUGAUUAAGUCCAUCAGGCACCGAUUUGGGCGGAUUUAUUCCGGGUCAACUUUUGGCAGAUUGCAAAGGGGUACCAUAACAGAUUCUGGGAGAUUUUUCCGAAAUGCCAUAUUUUUCGAUUCUGGAAACUACAGAUCAUGAAAUCAAGCUGAGUCUAUUCUCCACUGAUAAUAAAGUCUAUCGAUCCUAUUCUCCACGGAUGAUAAGUCCAUUAAGCACUGAUUUGGGCCAAUUUAAAUUUAGAUUGCAUUUUCGUAAUUUUGUGUGCGUCGAAAGGCCAUUUUCUAUGGAUUUUGAAGGCUACAGAUCACAAAUUUGGCCUGAGGCUAUUCUUCAACGAUGAUUAAGUCCAUUAAGCACAUAUUUGGGCGGAUUUAUUCCGGGUCAAUUUUUGGCCGAUUUCAACAGGGUACCAUCACAGAUUUGGGGCUAUUUUCCCGAAAUGCCAUUUUCUUUUGAUUCUUAAGGCUAAAGACUACGGAAACAGGCUGGUGCUAUUCUCCACCAAUAAUUACGUCUAUUGAUCCUAUCCACGGAUGAUAAGUCCAUUCAGCACCGAUUUGGGCCAAUUUAUUUCGGAUGAUAUUUUCUUAAUUUUUUGGGCAACGAAAGGCCAUUUUCUUUAGAUUUUGAAGGCUACAUAUCACGGAUUCGGCUUCACGCGAUUCCUCAAUGAUGAUUAAGUCCAUUAAGCACCGAUUUAGGCGGAUUUAUUCCGGAUCAAUUUUUGGUAAAUUCGAAAGGGGGUACAAUUACAGAUUUGGGGCUAUUUUUCCAUAAUUCCAUUUUCUUUCGAUUCUGGAGGCUACAGAUCUCAGAAUCAGGACGAGGCUAUUCUCCACUAGGAUUGAAGUCUAAUGAUCCUAUUAUCCACGGAUGAUAAGUCCAUUAAGCAACGAAUUUGGCCAAUUUAUUUUUGGAUGGCAUUUUCGUAAUUUUUUUGGGAGACGAAAGGCCAUUUUCUUUGGAUUUUGAAGGCUACAAAUCUCGGAUUCGGCCUGAAGCUAUUAUUCAUUGAUGAUUAAGUCCAUUAAGCACCGAUUUGGGCAGAUUUAUUCCGGGCAAUUUUUAGCAGAUUGCAAAGGGUUAUUAUCACAGAUUUUGGGCUAUUUUUUCGAAAUGCCAUUUUCUUUCGAUUUUGUAGGCUACAGAUCACGGAAUCAGGACGAGGCUACAGAUCAGGCAAAGGGUUAUUAUCACAUAUUUUGGGUUAUUUUUCCGAAUUCCCUUUUUCUUUUGGUUCUGGAGGCUAUAGAUCACGGAAUUGGGCCGAGGCUAUUCUCCACCCGUAAUGAAGUCUAUUGAUCCUAUUAUCCAUGGAUGUUAAGUCCAUUAAGCACCGAUUUGGGCCAAUUUAUAUUCGGAUGGCGUUUUCGUAAUCUUGUGGGCAUCGAAAUGCCAUUUUCUUUGGAUUUGGAAGGAUGAAGAUCACGGAUUCGGCCUGGGGCUAUUCUUCAACGAUGAUUCAAUCCAUUAAGCACCGAUUUGGGCGGAUUUAUUCCGGGCAAUUUUUGGCAAAUUGCAAAGGGUUAUUAUCACAGAUUUUGGGCUAUUUUUUCGAAAUGCCAUUUUCUUUCGAUUUUGUAGGCUACAGAUCACGGAAUCAGGCCGAGGCUAUUCUUUACCGAUGAAGUCUAUUGAUCCUAUUCUCCACGGAUUAUAAGUCCAUUAAGCACUGAUUUGUGCCCAUUUAUUUUCAGAUGGCAUUUCGUAAUACUGUGGGCGUCGAAAGGCCAUUUUCUUUGGAUUUUGAAGGCUACAGAUCAUGGAUUCGCCCUGAGGCUAUUUUUCAACGAUGAUUAAGUACAUUAAGCAGCGAUUUGUCCGGAUUUAUUCCCGGUCAAUUUUUGGCAGCUUGCAAAGGCGUACCAUCACAGAUUUUGGGCUAUUUUUUUAAUGCCAUUUUCUUUUGAUUCUGGAGGCUACAGAUCGCGGAAUCAGGGCGAGGCUAUUCUCAACCGAUAAUGAAGUCUAUCAAUCCUA